ACAACUAUGUUUAAUAACAAAAUAAAAUAGCGAAAUUAAUGAAUUAAAAGUUACAAAUACACCAAAAUAAUAAAAAAAUGGAAUAAAUGUAAAUAACUCAGGCACGUUCGUACUCGCCGCUAGAAGUGCCGGAGAUGGGUUUUCAACCCUUCCAGGCGGUUGGAAACUAAAAAAAAAAACUCUCUGCUCGGCAAGUGCGAGGCGAGACAGAAGAUGAAGGUCGAGCCGAGGAGAAAGGAGAAGUUUGAGUCUGCCUUCGCUCAUCGUCGGCACCGAAGAAGAAGUUCGCUCGUCGUAGCCGCCAACCUCUACUUCUGUUCUCUGCCCAGCCGUCCUCUGUUUCCGACGUCGCUCAUCUUCGUUGCCGCCCGAUUUACCAUGGGAACGGACAUGCUGCGAGGGUUGAGGUUGGUGGCGGCUUCCGGAGAGAAGAAUCCACAUCGACAGCGGCGGGGUUGAGGUUGGCGGUGUCUGGGCAGGGUAACGGAUUGUUUGAUUAGGGUUUUGGUUAGAGAUUGGGGUUAGAGGGUAAGAUUGUCAAUUUGAUGCAUUUUAGGGCAACAAAAAUGGAAUUUUAGAGCGACGAAUAACAAUUCAGUUAAAUAUUCAUCCCGGUCUUCACGUUCGAGUCCCCAACAUUAAUUUCGUACUGUUCCAAUCCAUCCAAAAACUCCUCAGGCAGAGUUUGUGGUGGAUGGAAGCCUACGAGUUGCAUGAAAUUUUGUGAAGGCAGCACAACCUACCAAUGGAACGCAACGCAAUCCCAUUGUGUGCCGGAGAAAAAUGGAACUCAAGAAGAAUGAAAUAGUGGUCACGAUUCAUUCCGGUAACCACUGUCCACAAUGAUUGACAAUGAUUGCCUCCCUGACCUAAAUCUUUCGUCUAUCGUGUCCCAUAAACGUGAAAUAUUUGC